GCCCUCUCGGGUUUGCUAGUUCGCGGGUCUUUGUCUCACGCCAUCUUUGCACUUGAGCGGUCAGAUGAGCCGGUCCGUGGGGCCGCCUCGGGCCUGUCAGCUGCAGGAGGCGGCCGGGGGCGCCAUGGGGCUGGUGUCAUUUGAGGAUGUGUCUGUGGACUUCUCCUGGGAGGAGUGGCAGGACCUGGAUGCUGCUCAGAGGAAGCUCUACAGGGACGUGAUGCUGGAGACCUACAGCAGCCUGGCGUCCUUGGGUCACUGCAUUACCAAGCCUGAUGUCAUCUUUAAGUUGGAGCAAGGGACUGGGCCGUGGAGAGAAGACGUCCCAAAGCUGAGUCAGCCAGAUGUCCAGAAAGUAACUGAACUGAAUGAAAUCAGCCAGGACAACGAAGAGAGACAUUUGUGGCAUCUUGUAAUUCCCAACAGCAACACACCAACUGAGGAGAAAGCUAAGCUAGGGAAAAUAUUUAAUGUGAGCACAAACUAUGUUUCAAAUCUGACUGUAAAGAAUGGAAAGUUUUCAGGGAUGAGGCCUGCAGCACCUGACAUAUGGCAGAGUGUGCUACCUCCUAAUGAGCCCAGUGACACACGGCCCAGAAAGGAAUGUGGUGGCUCUCCGACCAGCAAGAGCCGUCACAGGUUAUAUAACAGAGCGCCGAGUGCUCAGCAGCAUUUUCAAUGUAGGCAAGACGCGACAUGCAAUACAAGGGUAUCAUGGACCAAUGAGAGGUUUCACAGCGCUCAGAGUUCCUGUAAGUUUGCUGAGUCUCAGAAAGUGCCCGAUGAGGUAGCUCCUAAUGCCGAAGAGAUGAGUUGGGUAAGGGCCGAAACUUUUGAGUGUAGUGUUUGUAAGAAAGCAUUCUGUACAAAGUUUAAGCUCACUAAACAUAAGAAAAUACACAAAGGACAGAAAUAUUACAAGUGUAGUGACUGUGAGAAAACCUUCGCUAAGAAAUCAUACCACAAAAAUCAGAGAGUACAUGCAGGAGUCAGGUCCCAUAGAUGUAAACAAUGCGAGAAGUUUUUUUCUCAGAAAAAACAACAAAAUGUGUUCCAGAGAGUGCCCAAAGGAGCAAAACUCUAUGAAAUGUAUCAGUCUGAAAAAAGCUUUAAUGAGAAGCCAACUCUCCGGAGAACCCGUGGAGGUUCUAAACCCUUUGGCUGUGACCUGUGUGCAAAGUCAUUUUACCGGAAGUCACACCUCAGCAGGCACCAGAGAAUUCACACUGGCGAGAAGCCCUAUGGAUGUAAAGAGUGUAAGAAAGCGUUCUACCAUAAGUCCUCCCUCACCAUACAUCAGCGAACUCACACGGGCGAGAAGCCCUAUGAAUGCAAACAAUGCAGGAAAACCUUCUACUGUAAGUCAGACUUGAACGUACAUCGUAGGAGCCACACAGGUGAGAAACCGUAUGAGUGUGACCAAUGUAGAAAAACCUUCUACUCUAAUUCACACCUCCUUAUACAUCAGAAAAUUCACACAGGUGACAAACCAUAUGAAUGUGAAGAAUGUCAGAAAACAUUCAAUCGUAAGUCAAACCUUACUGUCCAUCAGAAAACGCACACAGGUGAGAAACCUUAUGAAUGUGACAUAUGUGGGAAAACUUUCCACCGGCGAUCACACCUCCUCAUGCAUCAGGGAACUCACACUGGUGAGAAGCCCUUCGUGUGUAAAGAGUGUGGCAAAGCCUUCUACCAGAAGUCCAGCCUUGGCAGGCACCAGAGAAAUCACACAGGCAACAGACCGUACACAUGCGAAGAAUGUAGAAAGACAUUCCUUCACAAGUCCUCUCUCACUGUCCAUCAGAGAAGCCACACGGGCUAUAAACCGUUCUCCUGUGAAGAGUGCAGCAAAACCUUUUACAGUAAGUCCCAUCUCACCGUGCACCAGAGAACCCACACAGGUGAGAAGCCCUAUGUAUGUAAGAUGUGUGGGAAGGCUUUUCACCAGAAAUCCUACCUUAACAGGCAUCAGGUGACCCAUGAAAGUGAGAAACGGUUUGAAUGUCAAGAAUGUAGGAAGACAUUUUAUCAUAAGUCUUCUCUCACUGUUCAUCAGAAAAUCCACCUGAGGGAGCGCCUGUCAGUGUAAUGUGGAAAGGUCUCUUAGCAAAAACCAUCAGCAGGCAUCAGACAAAUCACACAUAGGGGAUAGCCAGAAAUGUGAUACUGUGGACAGUUUGUUUUUUUUUUUUUUUUUUUUUUUUUGAGAAGAAAAUUCUGUGUGGCACAAGCUGGCUGUCUUCUCUGGCUCACGGUUGUCAUUGUGUGGCCUGUGUGACCAUGUAGCAUCCCUACAGAAAAAUGUGUGUAUUUAUGACGAUCAUUACUUGCUGCCAGGCCCACAGAGGCACUUAGAGUUUUUUUCUGCCUAAAUUCUCAUGAGCUGUAGAUCUGAGGUGAAUGUGACCUGCAAGGUGGCCUUGGCAUCCUGUCAGAAAGCCACCGAUGUAAGAGAACUAAACAACUGAUGGUAGAGGGCAGAGCUGUCUCAAUUUUAUCCACAAAUAACUUUUUUAGUUUAUUUGAGGAAUGCUUUCUCAAGCAUUGUGCAUGGUGCUUUGGUAGGAAUGCAAACCCUCUGUAACUCAAUAAAACUGAGAGAACUUACAUGCUCUUUAAUAGUUCAAAGUUUGUACACAAGGGGAACCUGUGUAACAAGUUGAGAAUACUUUAUCAGAAAAGUUUUAUUGAAUGUUUUGGUUUUGGUUUUUCGAGAUAGGAUAUGUAGCCUUGGUUGUCCUGGACUCUCACUGUAGACCAGUCUGAACUCACAGAGAUCCACCUGCUUCUGCCUCCCAAGUGCUGGCAUUACAGCACUGAGCCUGUCUCAUUGAACAGUUUGAAUAAAUCAAAUAUUGAUAAGUUAAUGUGUGAAACUUUGAGCAAAACUUUCCUGUCAGAAGUUUAUAGUGAAGGAAAACUAUCAGUUUUUGUUACUAACUUUCCAAUGGAGGCAUACAUGCACCAAUAAAUGAUAUUGUCUGUC